GCCACAGGCGAGGGGACAGCGGGAGAGCGGUUGGAGCUCACCAGGCUGAGCACCCACCCACCGAAUAAACACCCAGCGACCGAGCGAGCGGUCGCUUACCGGACACCCACCCACUGACCUGCUGACUGACCCAGCCCCGGGAGCGAUGAAGGCCGCCCGGAUCGCCCUGCGCACCGCCGUUCCCCUGGCAGGGACCAGCGGUGUCAACAGCAGCCGCGCCGUGCCGCGGGAAGUGGAGCAGUUUUCCCGCUACUCCCCGUCCCCGCUCUCCAUCAAGCAGUUGCUGGACUUCGGCUCAACUAAUGGGUGUGAGAGAACUUCUUUCGCAUUUUUGCGACAGGAACUUCCCGUGAGGUUUGCAAACAUACUGAGAGAAAUUGAUCUUCUUCCUGAUAAAUUACAAAGCACUCCAUCAGUACAAUUAGUAAAAAGCUGGUACAUGCAAAGCCUAAAGGAGCUGGUUGAGUUCCAUCACAAAAACCCAGAUGACCAAAAAGUCCUAUCUGAAUUUAUAGAUACAUUAAUUAGAGUCCGAAACAGACAUCAUGAUGUGGUUCCUACAAUGGCACAAGGAGUCAUCGAAUACAAAGAUACUUUUAAGGUCGAUCCUGUCACCAAUCAAAACAUCCAGUAUUUUUUGGAUCGUUUUUACAUGAGCCGUAUUUCCACACGGAUGCUAAUGAACCAACACACCCUUCUUUUUGAUGAUAAAUCCGGCUCAGGGCACCCAAGGCACAUUGGAAGUAUUGAUCCUUGCUGUGAUGUUGUUGAAGUAGUGAAUGAUGCUUAUGAAAGUGCCAAGAUGUUGUGUGACCAGUAUUACUUAACAUCUCCAGAACUGAAGCUUAAUCAAGUGAAUGGAAAACACCCAGGAGAGCCAAUUAACAUUGUAUAUGUUCCAUCUCAUCUUUUUCACAUGCUUUUCGAACUCUUUAAGAAUUCAAUGAGGGCAACUGUUGAAUUCCAAGAAAACAGUCCUUCCCUUUCUCCAGUUGAAGUGACAGUUGUUCUAGGACAAGAAGAUCUGGCAAUUAAGAUCUCGGACAGAGGAGGUGGUGUUCCAGUAAGGAAAAUUGAGCAGCUGUUUAGCUACAUGUAUUCCACAGCACCAAGGCCGAGGAUGGAUGAUGGUCGAAAUACCCCUCUUGCUGGCUUUGGGUAUGGCUUGCCAAUUUCUCGUCUGUAUGCUAAAUACUUUCAAGGAGAUCUAAAUCUCUACUCAAUAUGUGGUUAUGGAACAGAUGCUAUUAUCUACUUGAAGGCCCUAUCAACAGAAUCAAUAGAAAAACUCCCAGUUUUUAACAAAUCAUCUUCGAAGCGUUACCAGGCUACCUCAGAGGCGGAUGACUGGUGUGUCCCAAGUAAAGACCCAAAGAAUUUAUCAAAACAGAGUGCAACUGUCUGAAAAGAAGUUGGUAUCCAGGCACCCAAAGGGAUCAAGCUGGCUUCUCAAAAAAGACUAGCGUUUGGAAGUAUUCAUCUACCUCCAAACAAGCAAAUUCUUCAGUUUUAGGACUGGCAGAAGAUAAAGAAGAUAAGGCAGUUACAGCCUAGGCUGUAUGCACUGAAUGUGAAAUCUUGCUGCAGCCUUCAGGAUGAGGAAAAUAGAAGCAUGUGUCUUUAAAGAAGAUACGUGUAUAGAGGAAAAACAGACUGUAUUUUUUCCUAUGAUCAAAGACUUGAUGUGGUAGAGGUGUGCAAUUUUUAAGUCCUCUUUAAUGCUUGAAUACUGAUAAAUGUCAGUUAUGCUGGUGUAUAUUUUUCUCCUAGAAUAGUUACCAGCAGCUCAUCUUAUUACGGAACUUCUCAGGUAAACACCACCUAUGCUUUAAAGCUGUAUUUAUAACGUUUGGAAAGGCAAAGAUCCACUUAACAUGGCAGUCUUGUAGCAAGGUACAAACAGCAUUCAAAUACAGCCUGCCUGGAAGGGAGGGAGUCCUGUGUGGGGAGGGAGGAAGUGUUUUCCAUGUAGAAUGAAAUCCUGUUUUUUAAAAAACAAACAAACAUAAUAGUUCUCAAGUGAUACCUUGCUCUGAGAGUUACAUCACCAGAUGUUUCUUUUAUGUUAAGCUGUUCAUGGAAAACUAGCCAUGUAAGCCUCAUAUGCAUAAGGUAAUGAAGAAGGAAAUCAGUAUAGUUUCGAAAGAUACCAGGAAGGAAUGGAAAGCUACUCAGUUAUAGCAGCUGUAAGGUUAGGCUACAUCAGAAAGCAUAUGCCAAGUAAGUCACGAUUUUCCAAGAACUGAAGCUAGGCAUGCAAGUUGAAUGGAAAGGUUUUGGUGAUCUGUAUUAUGGAAGCAUGAUGUGGGAAAUGGCAUGUUUAAAACAUGGUCUUGUGGUUCCUUUUUGUCUUGCUGUUAGAAGUUCAGUGGCUCAGGACACUAAACCAAAAUCUGCCUGUUG